GAAAAAUUACUUCGAGAGGAAAGGCGGAGAGAGUUAGAGAGAGAGAGGGUGCGAGAAAGGGGAAACGAGAGCCGGUGGCUUUUACCCCUUACUCCGUUAGACUCUUCUUCAAUCCCCUUUCUCUCCAAUCCCAUGGAAAAUCUCGAGGGACAUGAAAUCGAAGUGCCCGCCGAUCUUGAUGCUGAUCACGAAGAAGAUCACCCCGAUUUCUCCCCGGUUGGGUCUCCUGAGCUCGCCGAUUUUCGCCUCCCGCAGCCCUCGGCUGAGAACCCCGAACUAUCCGAUGAUCUCCGCGGCAAGAUUAUUAAGCAGGUGGAGUACUAUUUUAGUGACGAAAACUUGCCAAGCGACAAGUUUUUGAUGAAAUAUGUUACAAAAAAUGCAGAAGGAUAUGUUCCUAUUGGGCUUAUUGCUUCUUUUAGGAAGAUGAAGAAGCUCACGAAGGAUACCUCAUUCAUUGCGACUGCCUUGAAGGAAUCCUCCUUUCUUGUUAUUAGUUCAAAUGGGAAAAAGGUGAAGCGACUUCAUCCCCUCCCACUAACCGAGUUCAGGGAUCCAAUGGUAUGCACUGUGCUUGUUGAGAACCUACCCGAGGAUCAUUCAGUUGAGAAUCUUCGACGGUUGUUUGGUGAAGCUGGAAACAUAAAGAGUAUUACCAUUCGCGAACCACAUGAUGCUAGAGAGCAGAAAAAGUGUACGGUUGCUGAGAAGCUAAUAAGUAGGAAGUUACACGCCCUCGUGGAGUAUGAUGCUGUGGAGGCUGCUGAGAAAGCUGUUGCUACUUUAAAUAACGAGCAAGAUUGGAGAUACGGGUUGCAUGUCAAACUUCUUAAGAAAAUGAAAAAGCCAGGGCAGAAGCCGAAAGUAUGGAAGGAAUCAGAGCAUGAGAAAGGUAGCACGCCCGAAACAUGUGAUCUGGCUGGGAACGAGGAGCAUCACUAUGCUAGUGAGCUGCACGAUGAUUCACAUGAAGAGGAUAUCGAUCACGUGAUGAGGGAGAAGAAUGAGCCCCCUAGAGAAAAGAACGGCGUCAAAGGCCGCGGUGGCAGAGGACGGGGGCGUAGACAGAAGUAUCACAACUCAAAUGGCCACGGCGCGCCACUUUCGAAUCAUGGCAGCGAACCAUCGAAACCGCCGCCUGGUCCUAGAAUGCCCGAUGGAACCAAAGGCUUCACGAUGGGCAGGGGACGCCCCCUGGCUGCAAAUUGAAGCCCGAUUGUUGGCGCUGGCGCUGCUGAAGUAGCUUGGGUAUUUAUAUCUAAAACACUUGCCACAUUUUAACUUAUAUGGCUUUGUUGCACCGGAGCCCGGUGACCCCGGCGGGGCCCGCCGCCCAGAGAAGUUGUGUGUAAUGAAAACAGUUGUGGGUGUUCUGAGGAAGCUUUGUGGUUGCUUUUGCUGCCUGCUUUAUUUCGUUUCUAUAUAAGCCAGAGGAUGGUCUCUCA